AUGCAGAUUUCUUGCGCUGAUAACGACAGUUAUACUAAUACUGAUAUUGUCCUUGAGAAAAUCAGAGCCAGGAUUGUAAAAUAUAUUCUAGAGUCAGUUGACUGGCAACUCGACGCUCUACUGGAAGAGCUUUCGGCCCUUGAGACGCAGCUUAACUCAUCAAGUGGUGGCGAUCAACUUCUUCUGGGCAUUCCGUCGUUACCUUCCAGCUCGUCAACUACACACGCUGAGCGAAAACCUUUUGAACAAUCACAAUUGCCAACCUGUACAACAUCUUUAUGUUCAUCUCCGGAUGGCGAUAGUGCCUUCGGUGAUGCUUCGUCUACAGAAUCAGCUAGAUGCCGAAACUCUGCAUUCUCCAGUAAUGACAGUUGUCGUGAAUCACUUCACACUCCAAGUCCAACCCAGAUUUCUCCCAUAUCUACAGAAGCAUCUGUCGAAGAUCUGAAAAUCGCCAAAAUCAAACAGGCACUGGAAAAAAUGCGAGAAGCGAAGGUGACCCGAAUAUUUAUAAAAUUCUUCGUCGAAGAUGGUGCACCGUUGCAGAUGCUCGUUGACGAACGAUGGACAGUAGCGGAUACUAUGCAGCAAUUGGCUGAUAAACAUCACAUCACCUUAUGUGAAGAUCAUUGCAUCGUCGAGGAAUUUCCGGAUCUCUACAUACGUAGAAUUUACGAGGACCAUGAAAAUUUGGUCGAGAACAUUCAGAUGUGGGUACAGGAUUCUCCGAACAAGUUGCAUUUCAUACGUCGUUCGGACAAAUAUCCUUUUAUCGAUCGUCCUGAUCUAUACCUUGUCACUCAGAAGACUGUCGACUUGGAAGUUCCUGCUGGUAACAAUUGGACAAGAGAACUGAAGACCCAGUUUUUACAGGACUUUUUCACCCGUGAAACCGUAUGUCCACCUGAACUGGAAGGUUUCUUGUAUUUGAAGUCUGACGGUCGAAAAAGUUGGAAGAAACACUUCUUUGUGCUACGUCCCAGUGGACUGUACUAUGCUCCGAAGGGAAAAAAGUCAUCUAAGGAUCUACAAUGUUUGAUGAAUCUGCACUCUAAUCAGGUGUACACAGGAGUUGGUUGGGCGAAGAAAUAUAAAUCUCCGACAGAGUGGUGUAUUGCAAUAAAGUUAACACAACUUCAAAUGAAGCGAUCGCAAUACAUCAAAUACAUUUGCGCUGACGAUGAAGCGUCGUAUCGUCGAUGGUUGGUGGGGUUACGAAUCGCUAAGAACGGUGCUGAUUUAAUGACGAACUAUGCAAAAGCUUGUGAACGUCGUCGACUACAAUCAGCAAUCAGUGUCAAUAUUCGUGAGCACGUUCCUACACCAUCGUCAAGUCGACACGAUCUAGGCUCCAACUUUUCCGAUUGUACAGGAAAGGUGAGCUACGAAGAGCAACCCACUGGAACAAUAAAACGUGCUCCGAUCGAUGUACUGCGUCGGGUCAGUCACUCUUCAUCUUCAAAUGGAGGACAAUCCGUAGAUUCCGAUGAAGAAUUCCCUGCACCACCACCUGUAUGUAGCAGGAAUUCAACACCUAUAUGUGUUUCACCUCCACAAACGUUGACUCCAUCGACAGCUCCUCCACCUCCACCAAAGCGUUCGGAAGCUACUCGUAUUCUCACGACUCAAACGAAUCAUAUAAGCGAUCUUGAAGCGGCGCUGGCUAGAAGACGAGAAAAAAUCGCUCAGAGUUGA